AUGUUAGCUAACGGGACCGUGCCGGGUUCUUAUAACCCUGUAACGGGGUACUUCAUCCCCCAGUACGACAUGCAACCCCAGCAACCACAACAACAGAUCAUAUAUGAACAGAGACCGCAGGAGUACGGAAUGCAGCCUGAAAUUAGAAUAUUCGUGCCUUCAAAUGGGGUACAGUUGCCAUCGUUUCACAGCAUAAUGGGGGGUGUGCCACCUGCUACUGCUGCCGCUGCUGCACCUUACCAGACUUACACUCAACCACCACCACCACAGCAGCCUCACGCACAGGUACAGUACCAAAUUCAACCACAACUGAAUAGAGGUAUCCAGUUACAACCACAGUAUCUGCCACAGCAGUCGUUUGUGGUCAACCAGGGUAGAAUGGUACCCGAGUUCCAGAAACCUGGGUUGGAGCUCGGACACCUUGUCACACCACCGCAUUCACCAGAUGGACAAGACAAUCUGAAAUGCAAGACCACUGGUAAAUCAUCAGAACGGAGAUCCUCGUCCGUCUCGUCGACUUCCUCCGCACUCGCUGCUUCUCCUGAAUCAUCCUCGUCCUCUUCGAGGAAAAGGUUCUCGUUUAUUACACACUCGAAGGAAACUUUUCCCAAGAAACUGAUAAACGGCGAGGAGGUCUCCAGUAAACCCAAGAGGCGCAGAACUACCAAAGAACAGAAAGAUAUCUUGAAGAAAGCGUUCGAAAGGAAUAAAGCUCCAAAUAAACAGGAGAAAUUAGAACUGGCAAAGAAAUGUAACAUGAGUGAAAAGGCAAUUCAGGUUUGGUUUCAAAACCAGAGACAGUACAUCCGGAAGGAACAGGCUUUGCUCGCGGGGAGGUACCAGCUCACACUGAACGGGUUCCCACAUAGCCCCUACAGCGACACAUCCUCCAACAGGCGACCCAUGCCGGAAGGUUCCGGUGCCAAUUAUCCUGCAGGAAAUUAUAUUCUUACCAAUCAGAUGUGA